AUGUUGCCUCCAUUUCGUAUCAAGGGCAUCGUUGGACAUCCCUUGCACCGAAGACGUCGUUCUAGGAACGAUGCUGAGCUCGGAUCUGACAUCGCUUCGACCCAAGAUCCAGAUAAUCAGCACAGCGCUGAGUUUGAAGUCCAAGGCGAUGGAGUAGUCCAAGUCUCUGCAAAAGAGUAUGACCAGACUAUAAAAGAACUCCCGGCAGCUAGGCUUCAGUAUCAGGACGAUGACGAUGGCGAGAUUGUGGUUAUAUUUGGCAGGAUUUUCGUCUCAGGACCGUCAGCAAUAGUAUAUAUGGACAGCCUUCUUGCCAACCGACCGACUGACGGUACACCCAAAUCAUUAUUUGAAGCUUCCUCGAGUGGAGGUAAUGAUUUUAUUACUGAAGAAGGGAAGAAACAGGCACAUGCUGCUGGGAGACAACUUCGUGAUGCCCGUAAAUUAUACUGGCCCGACGCAUAUUGGCUAGAACCAGCAGAAAAUUCGUCCGCUUGUAAUUCUGGGGAUUUCUGGCGUACUUAUGAACCAGCUCAGCAGUUCUUUGAACCUUCGCCUAAUCCAAGAGAAAGGGAGCCUGAAAGUCCAGAAUCCCCCAUCGAAACAUCUUCCAAACCACUCCUGUCACAAUUUGAGGCCGAGCUAUCCCGCCUUAUGGCGCAAAAUGCAGGGUGGGAAUCCCUUCCCCCAACUACUGCAGAGCCAACAAUAGUAGUGGGAAAGGGUUCCGAUGCCGGAUCCCAUUCUGCAGAAGUGCAAGAACCGAAACCAGACUCUAGGGAGGACUUUGCCGCUAAUUCGACUGCAGACCAGGCCCCAGACACUGCUGAGACGAUCUCUCAUAUUGUUACAGUGUUUGGAAAAUCCUUCCAGUCUCUUUUAUCACGAGUAAAUCUGCUUACAACCGAGUUGACGGCUCGAUUGCCUGAGAUUGAACAGAGGAUGAGGGAUAUGCAGCAUCACAUCCCAGACCAAAUGCACACCACCAUACAUGAAACCCUCCAGGCCAUGGGUAGCCACAUUCAAACACUAGCGGGAGUCAUGCAACAUGCAGCUACUUCCGCCCGAUCAUCCUCCACUGCAACCAAUGAAGCGGAGAGGGUGGUAACAACCCAGUUGAAUAACUUGCGAACACUUGCAUCCGAUAUACGAGACAUAGGUGGUUCACUCAUUGCAGGCUUUGAGAAAGGGCUCAAGCCACAAGAAAAUACGAACAUAUCGGACCCAUCAUUAGCCCCUGAAGCGGUCAAUCCGGCAGCAAACAACAUCUUCAUCGGUAACUUACCACCAGAUGCUACCGAAGAAUCUGUUGUUGCAGCGCUAGCCAACCAGGGCUUUGUCGGAACAGUUACGCUUCCUAAGGAUAGCCUAACUGGAGAUCAUGCUGGCUUCUGCUACGUCCGUUUCCCUACAACUUAUGCUGCUGUUGCAGCGCUGCAAGCUUUACGGGGUACAUUCAUCGGGGAGAAUUGCAUCAAUGUGGAACCUACGAGCGAGUCGCUGCACCCAGAGCCUGACAACACGGUGGAGCCAUCGGAUGGCCCUAUUGUACAUCCAACUUCUGGACUCUUGUGUGGGACAACUGAGGCUGAGAUGGCCAAUCCAGAAGUUCCGGUUAGCGAACUAGAUAAUAACACCGACAAUGUUGUUCACCCACAACAACAUCUGGCACCAACAUCUCAAUGUGCAUCAGUCACUCUCCCAGUGCCUGAGGGGCCGGUCAAUACCCAACCUCCACCUAAUACAGCAUUACUUGACGAAUCCGAGGCAAACCUUGCCGAACGUUAUCCAUCUCUCCUCGCAUCCCAAGGUGCCAAUAGUCUUGGGCCAAAUGCACAACAUGAUAUACAUAUUGAUUUCCCAUUUGGACCUAAUGACAUUAAUUCUGGAAUUAGCCGCUACCCUUCGAUGCAGCAACUUGAACUGCAACAUCUCCUUACGCACAACCCGCAACCAGUUUCGGAUUGGGAAGCCACACGAACUCGUCCUACCCAUGGAUGUUCUGAGCAAAACACCAAUCGAUUUAGUUCUAGAGAACCACUGGCCCCCACAGUCCCCGAUCGAAUUCCCGGGUCAUGGCCAUGGGACCAGGAGACCCAGCAAAGUAGCAUACCUUCUCGACCUCACCGAAACGAAAACCAGGCUGGACCCAGCACCUCGGACAGCAUGAACCACUUCAACCGUCCAAUACUCUCAGAUCUAUCUCACCCAUUCAACCCACUUCCUCGCCACUUUCCUCCUAUUCCUACUUCCAAUUCAUCCUCGCUUCGUCGAAGUGCAACGGAGCGUGUGCACAGGUCACCUCCAAGGCCUUUUGAAUUUCACCCCUACCCCCGACGACGGUCUAGCACUCAUGAGUUAGCAGAGAUUAGCACUGGGCGCGACCACCAACAUUCAGAUCUCCCCGGGACUUUUCCCCGCGAAAGCCAGGCUGCAACCAUAGCUGAAACCCCAUUAAAUGACAAAACUGAACUUUGUCUGUCACAUCUUAGGGCUCUUGGUUUUGGGAAUGACAGAUCUCAAGAUGAGAACAGACUCCGCAUAUUUGCCGAGGCUGCUGACGGAAAUCUGGAGGAGGCGAUUGAGAUGAUCGAAGAAGAGAGAAAGGCAUAUGAACAGGGACCCGUGUCUAUGUGA